AUGGCCGCCGUCGCAUCUCAGCCCCCGAUGAACGGGGAUUCCAAGGCACCCCCUCCUCCUCCUCCUCCUCCUCCUCCUCCACCACCACCACCACCACCACCUCCGCCGCCGCCGCCGCCUCCUCCUUCCAAUGGCGCAUUGCGCCCAACAGUCCUACAUACCCGUCAACUAGCUCAACUUCCCAAACCAGUUGACAUGGACACGGAGGACGACUCUGAAUCGGAUGUCAGAAGCUCAGAUAUGCCCCGCACGCACCCUAAACCAUCCAAGGCCGACCCUCCCGCGCCAAAAACACAGGAUGUGGACCGCUCGUUCUCCGCUCGAGCUAAAGACCUUUCUCGGAAGGCGAGCCUAGAUUCGGUGGAGAAACCAGUCUCACCUGAGCCUCCAGUAUCGCCUGAACCUUCAUCAUCGCCGGAGCCUUCUAUCUCACCUAAACCUCCAGUAUCACCUGAACCCCCUGCAACUCCUGAACCGCCAGUCUCGCCUGAACCGCCAUCAUGGCCUGCGUCUCCAACAUCGCCUGAGCCCCCAGCAUCGCCUGAGCCGCCAGUCUCGCCAAAGCCCGUGGUUUCACCAGAGCCGCCGGUCUCGCGAAAACCUCGAGCUGUAAAUGAUGAAUUUACGCCGGGGGAUGAUGGUGCUGUCGUACGCAAGGCAUCGGUAUCCAACAGUAACGGUCAGCCGAAGCCUGUAAAACGGUCGGAUACGAUCCGUUCUACGUCGGAGCAGCAACGAGACUGGGCUUCAGACCGAUCGCCUCUCCAAAAGCUGGAGGUCACGCUGAACGGAAUCAGUAAAGAAGAGAAACGAGCCCGAGUCCAAGAAGCAGAGAUGAGACUCAAAGAACGCAUGGCUCGCCAACAGAAUGGCGGCAAGAAACAUCCACCCCCCGCGGCAAGAAAAUCCCAGCGCAGAUCCACACGGGAUGACCCCGAUGCUGGAGCUGGAGUCUCCCAGAGACCUAGAGCCGAAAGAUCGGCGAUGCCACCGCAGCCUGUGCAACCACCCCCAAGGCGAUCCGAUCAUCGGCGGUAUGCCUCCGAGGGGGUCGAAGAUAUGGAUCACCGCGAACACAGACCGGUCGACAGGUCGAAAUCCACUCGCAGCAGAGGACCGUCUUAUCAAUACUCACAGUACCCGGAUGACAGACCUACUGCUGCUCCCAUUAUCAAAACAGGCAGUGCCCCGAGACGAUCAGUGUCUGUAAGCCAUCAGGCUGGUGGUAAUCGUGCCGACCCGCGCUCGAUCAAUCAACCCAUCCAUCGGGACAGCAGAUUUCCCAGCAACGCCCCCAUGCCUCGCGUGAUUCCAACGCAAGAACCCCCUCAAGUCGCGCCCGCGGCACAUGCUGAUGUUCAAACCUGGGGAAAUUCACCCUACGGCCACCCUAGGGCCGCCCCGAAUCGAGCGAGGGCGCAAUCAAUGAAGAAAAAGGAUGUACCCCCCAUGGGAAUCCCACCUCAGCAGGCUCGCAGAGGCUCAUAUGCAGCCGACAACUCCGUUACAUCUGAUCCAAUGAGUCCCGAUUCUGACCAAAUGACGGCGCCGUUCGAGAACGAACCGCCCCCGCAGCCCAGGGCUAAAAAGCAGACGGUUUCAUUCAACGUGCCGCCGCCCACGCCCCCUCCCCUUUCAGAAUGGAGGACAGCACCGAUCGCAAGGCUUGGAGCCUCCGACUUUGAAUUUCAACAUUUCGACAAGGAUCGGAGUAAGGCGUGGUGGGAAGGCGGAGGCAAUAAUCGCCGACGGAGCAGAGCGCUGCCGAACAAUUAUCAGAAGCCCCCGGCUCAGAGAUUGACUUCAAGACUAAAUCGCUUUCAACCUCAGCUUUUCUUAAAGUGUGGCCCGUUGCUUCGCUAUGCUGGACUGAAGCGGGUGCGAAUCGACAGCCCCAAGGGUCCGUUUGACAAGGAGACGUGGAGGGGUAGUAUCCUGAUUGUGACCAAGGAUUCCCGCUCUACUUACGAACCAGCGCCUACGUUAAGACUGUUUUCCCAGCCAAUGGAUCUCUUGCCGCCUCCGCCAGCUGAAGUCAGCGGCGAAAAUGCUCAGCUUCCUCCCGAAUACGUCGAUCCGACCGCCGGACUUAUGAAGCUAGGUCGCGACGGUAGGGCUCUCUACGUAAAACCCGUGGAACACACCGAGGAAGAAGUGGAUCUGUCGCAGGUGGAAAAUGAUGACGGCAUCUACGAAAUGUCCCCUAGCAUCAUUGAUUACAGCGAGGGUAUGAAACAGCCGAUACCUGCCAAUAGGCUCCACCAGGUGGACGGAGAGACGGCCGAAGCAUAUAAGGAUAUUGCGGGUGCUCGCCUCUAUGCCGACCCCGGGAGAGAUGUCACCUUCUGGAGAUUCAACCUGGAAAUCGAGCUAGGACCGACCCAGCAACGGGUCGCCUAUCGUCUCAACCAGGGCCCGGCUUUGGGAUUCUGGGUGCCUGCAAGAGGACAGUCGAUGAAUAUCAUGUUCCACACCUGCAACGGCUUCAGUCCCGGCGUCGACUCCGACAGGCUCUGCGGACCGGACCCUCUGUGGCGAGAUGUCCUCAACGAGCAUCAGACGCGCCCUUUCCAUGCCAUGAUCGGUGGCGGAGAUCAAAUCUUCAAUGAUCAAAUAACUACGGAAUCGACCCAUUUCCAGGAAUGGGUGAAGAUCAAGAACGUGCACGAGAAGUACGAAGCUCCGUUUACUCCGGACUUCCGAGCGGAACUGGAGACCGCGUUCCUUGAGCGCUAUUCCACGUGGUUCUCGCAAGGACUCUACUCGCUAGCAAACUCGCAGAUCCCCACGAUCAACAUGUGGAACGACCAUGAAAUCAUCGAAGGAUUUGGAUCCUACUCCGACGAGUUCAUGGGCACACCUGUGAUCUCCGGACUGGGCAACAUCGCGUACAAAUACUACUUGCUCUUCCAGCACCACAGUGUUCCGGAAGAGACCGAGGCGGAAGAGCCGAGCUGGUUGCUUGGAGCACAACCAGGGCCGUAUAUUAACCAACGCAGUCGCAACCUGUUUAUGUCCUUGGGCGACGGAGUGGCUCUUCUUGGAUUGGACUGCAGAACGGAACGAAUGAGCGACGAGAUCCUCAGCGAGCAGACAUGCGACUUGAUCUGGGACCGAUGCCACCGUGAAAUCGUCAGAGGCGAGACCAAACACUUGCUGGUUUUGUUAAGCAUUCCGCUGGCAUAUCCCCGAGUAGCUAUGGUGAAGAACAUAUUGAACAGCAGAAAAUCACUCGGUAAAGCCGGCAUGUUGGGUGGUUUGGUCAACAAGAAUGGCGGCAAGGUCGAAAUCUUCGACGACCAUUGGACGGCGAAAAAUCAUAAAUCCGAGCGCACUUACUUGAUCGAGGAUCUUCAAGAUCUUGCGGCAGACAAAUCUGUGCGGGUGACCAUUCUGAGUGGUGACGUGCAUCUGGCUGCCAUCGGCGAGUUUUACUCAAACCCGAAACUGAACGUCCCCAAGGAUAGGGAUUAUCGAUACAUGCCCAACAUCAUCUCCUCGUCCAUUGCGGACAUGCCCCAGACGGACGUGGUCUCGGAUACGCUCAACAAGCGUAACCGAGUGCACCAUUUGGAUACUAAUACUGACGAAGAUAUGAUUUCUAUGUUCACUCACGACGUUAACAACAAGCCGCGGAAUAACAAGCGACUGCUUCCCCGGCGUAACUGGUGUGCCAUCCGAGAAUAUCAACCUGGAUCUACACCACCAGGAACUCCGGAAAUGGAAGCUCUUUCCCUUGACGAACCUCGUCCGAAUAAGCUCCAAAGAACACUCUCGCUCAACCGUGGGGACCGACCCCAUGGCAGUGGUGGUGGUGGUAGCGGCGGCGGCUUGUUCCGUCGACUGUCGCAGCGAGGCAAACCACCCACCAAGGAUUUCAACCUUGGAGGACAACCCAACGGCCGACGAAUGAGUAUGGAUGGCCCAUUCCCGCCCGCGGAGACCGGAGACUCGUACUAUGAGCAGUCUGCCGAGUUCCGGCCGGGUCCCUUCAUGCGACGACCGACCAACCUCAGCCAGAAGGCCGCCAAGAGAGCCGCGAAACACGGCGACGACGGUACCGGCGGCUUUGUCAACCUGGAGGGUGGACUGGCGAUCACGCUGAACCUCGAAUUGAACCCGCGCGACCCCUCCGGCAUCACCACGCCGUACAAGAUGCUCGUACCGAUGCUCCGCUUCGAGGGCACCGAGUACGAUCCCCCCGCCACGCCGGUCGCCAAGGGAUGGAGAAAAUGGCUGGGAGUGCGCCGAAAGAAGGCGGACCGUCACGCAGUGGCCGAAGAUACCGAAGCCGAAAUGGCGACUGACGAAGAACUUGAAGAUGAGGACGAUGACUACGAUGACUACGACAACCGGGGAGGAGGAGUAGGAGGCGGUCAGAGACGAUCUAGCGGACGGGACUAUUACGACGGGGCUGGCAUGCCUCCGGAGACGUUGGUCCCGAUGGGCGCAGGUGGAGCGGAGGACGAGGAUGGCGUCAGAGCGGCACCAAGGCGAAAGAAAUGGUUUGGGCUGGCCUGA